UGCAGGAUUUAACAAUGGACAACUGCUUUGCACUGUCGGGCAGGAGUGCAAGCUCUGCAGCCUAGACUGUGAGGAUUCCCAUGGCUGCCACUAACAUCAGCCCUCUGGUCAUCGCCCUGCAUAAAGUAUUAGUUCUCCGCUACCUUACUACGUGCUCCCUAUGGGAUGUCACCCCCUGCAGAUGCAUGCCGUGCACUUACCGCCGCUCACAUGCAUCAUUUCCAUCAUACCCUCUUUUUUCACAGCGCCUUACCUAGAUGCAGACACGGCGAAAAAAAAAUGAAUAAACUGCUAACCCCCCCAAUCUCCACUCACAGUCACAACCUACACUGCACCGACCCGCCGUCUGCAGGACGUGCGCCUUUACAUCCCGCUGCUGCUGAACUUGCUGCACGUAUCUUACCUGCGGGACACUGCCCCUUUAAAUUAAAAGACCCAAGUUUACGCUGGUUUAAUCAAGCUGUACGCUCUGCGCAUGCGUCUUCCGGCGCUGGCCCCCACCCAGUUGCAUCACGGGAAUUGUAGUCUUGCCCGCCAUGGACUCUCAUCUGUGACGACACUCUGAGUGACUACAGUUCCCGUAGUGCUUUGCGGCCGGGGGGGCGGGCUUGGUUUCUUUAGUAGUAGAUACUAAACUUGAAUGCAGCGGCGGGAAGAGGUCGUAUCGAUCAAGGAGGGCUAUGCGUAGGACGGUGUAGCAGGUCUGAGCGCGGCCACUGCUCCUGGGGUGACCAUGCCUACCAGAGGCAUCAAAAGAAAGUUUCCGGAUUGGGAGGAGUCUGUGCUGGAUGGACAUCUGUCCUUUCAGACAGACAGUUACUCCUUCUUCCGUCAGUCCUUACUGAACAUGUCACUCGAGAAGUUCAACAAGGGACGUAUGAUGAUAGAGCCUAGUUUGCGACGCUAUGUUCUUAUUGCCAACACCCUGCGAGUCAUCCAGGAGGAGAUCCACCACGAAAAUCGAUGUAGCGUUCCCAGCUUAGAAGGUGGUACAUCUGGUGUAUGUGAUCCAUUGUCUGGGCAUGUUGUAGGCCCCGUUCUUCCUCAAGAUCUGGAGAACAUCAUCCUCCCGUCUUUGGAAGAGGACUUCUCUGUGACUGCCACCAUUGCUUCCAUUUUAAAAGAGCUGGAGAGCGUUUUAGAUGAAAGUUGCCCUCAAAACCUUCAGCCACGUUUUGGCAUACAGGAUCCUGUAGCCAAGCAAGAGUCCUCCAAUACCAUUGGUGCUAGAUUUCCUUCAUCUGUUCCGCCAACAUGUGAUCGAGGUGCGACUGUGAAGGAAGAUUUGUUAAAUAGCAACCCAUCAACUAUAAGUGACACCAGGAAAAUAGAGUUAAUUAGAGAGUUGGUGCUGGCUGGUGAAACAUGUUCAGAAACCCCAGAACCUAUGGACACUUCAUUGAUGGAGCAGGCACCUGCUGUAGUCUCCUCAGCUUCUAAUGUAUUUGAAGUUCUUGUGGCUAUGGAUUCUACCAGCAAUGAAGAAAUUAGUUCACAGGCCUCAACUGCACAGACUAACCCAUCAGUCCCUCCUGGGGAACUCAAGGCUUCGGAGGCUGUCUUCGGUAGUUUUGAAAUUAUGAACUCAAGUUACCUUAAUGAUGUUUCCUUCGAUGACCCUUUUUCAGAUAUAGACACCUCUGUGUUUGAGAGAGAACCUUCUUCUACUGGGAAUUUCCAAAGCAGCCGAUUAUCAUCUUCAGAAGAGUCAUGGCUUCCAUCCUCUUGUAGUUCUCCAUCCUAUAGCUCAAGUCCAGGUCUUAGGGAGUCGAAUGAACUAGAGAAGAUCAUCGAAAUCCUUGUUGGAUCCUGAUUUCUCGACUGCAGUAGGACAAUAAUGGACAGUCGAUUGAGCUGGAAGGACUCUGAGAACAUGCGACUUUUGCACACAAACUAUCCUUUGCUGGUUAUCUUGCGUUACCUGCAAGUGUGGUGCCUCCAACCAGUAGCAAGCGGUGUUGAAUGUUUACAGAAGCGAUGCAGUAAUAGUCACCUCCGUCAAGCUUGCCAUGGCUGAUCAAGUGGUGCAUUAUGCCUCCGAUUGUUAUUAUUUUCCUGUUUUAUAACUAGUCUUAAUACCGUAAUGUAUUAUGGGGGUGGACUGGGCUAAAUGCUCGCAGGGCAGUCGGUCUACCUUGUCUUCUAUGAAGAUUGUAUUUUUAUCUAACUGGUUUUAAUUUUUAAAGACUUUGGUGCUUUUGGCGGAUCAAACCUAUGGUGCAGAUGUAUAGAAACAGUGCUCAGGAGGGUGGGUGUUGUCUAUAGGAAAAGGUUGGAAUUGUUACGGUAUGUUCAGAUCGUGGAUUUUGGGCCUUGGUUUCAAUGCGCAUUUGGUGCCUAAACCCGGGCUGAGUCUGUGCUGAAACUUCCUCCCGUUGUUUUCAAUGGGAGGCCACCCCAUAGUUCAUGCAGCUGAGGAUUUUGACAGGAAAACCACGCUGAGUGUGUACUUCUUAAUUUUUGGUGCUGUUACAAUGAAGACCCCUCGCAAAGCCACAACGCGAGCUCGUGGUUUGUCUCCAUUCAGUAGAGCAAAACCGAGAACGGGUCCGCACCAUACGAAAUGAAAACCCUCGGCGGAGUUACACAUCAGAUUUUGCUGUGAACAUACCCUCACUGUGAUACCUUGUAAAUGAAAUUGCUGGUAGCUAUGACAUCAUUUUCUGGUACACUAUUUAUUUUAAUUUUUUUUCAUUUAUUUGUUUCCUGUCAGGUGCUACACAGUCACUUUAUUGGGAUUGGGUCACCACCCUGCUGCCCCUUUUCUUGAAUGUUUCCAAACCAUUACUUAAAGGAGUUCUACAAAUUGACAAAAACAUGUCUGCUUUCUUCCAUCAAACAGCACCACACCUGUCUGCAGGUUGUGUGUGGUAAUGCAGCCUGGCUCCAUCCUUUCGUAUUGCAAUCCAUUGAAGUGUAAAACCACACACAACCUGUGGACAGAUGUGGCGCUGUUUUGGGAACUAAGCAGCUAGUUUUUUUUUUUCUAAGCCUGAACAACUCCUUUAAUUUCCUUUUUUUUUUUUUUUUUUGACUCUUUAUCUAUAGUCAUAUUUAACAAAUGAACUGGUUGCCUGUGAGCAGUUGACGAAUUUGUAUGCAAUUAUCUACGCAGCACAAAGGUUUACAUUUUUUGAUAGUAAGUAAUAUUCACUCAUGCAUUCUGGAUGGUAUAUUUUACAUUUUUGGGUUUUGUUUCUCUAGUAGCCUAGACGUAUUUUCACUGUUUUCUAAUUUUGCGCACAUUGGGUCAAAGAGAGCAAGUCACCAAGGUGGAAGCCCUUUUGGAAGAGACAUUUGCGUUAUGCAUCAAAGAUGCACUCGGGGCGCAAUUUUAAACAGUAAAGGGGCCCCCAAGGUGCCAAAAAUGGGCAGAGUCAGCUUGGUAUCAGGACAGGCUGCUGGAAAUGGACUCUUGUUAAAUGGUUGAGAGUGUGCCAGUAUGGGCGAUCCCCUUCAUUGGCACUUUAGGAAGCCAUUUUUUAAGCUCAUUAGCGCCCACUAGUUCACUGCUGUUAGGGUGACCACGUAAUGUUAAGGUACAUGUUCGUGACUUAUCAAAAGUGUUGUACAGGAUUAGAAAAAUCUUCCAAUAACAGUGCCACACCAGUCCACAGGUUAUAUGUGGUAUUGCGGCCUGGCAUAAUCCUGCUUUUAACAUGCACAGGCAAUUUUGACCCCUUAUUAUGGCACUGGGUCUCUGGCCUUAGAUUUGGGUGUUUAGCACUGGGUGGGUGGUUGCAAGUUGCUGUGGGUUUACUGAUCACCUCUUGCCAUAACCCUUGGGUUUGGUUUACAGGCCAUAAUUUGGCAAAGAGAAUAUAACACGUGAGUUAAGAAAUUUAAUAUUUAUUAACUGGAAACCAUUCACAUGCUUGAAGUGUGCCUAGACGUGGCUGGAAUCAUGCAGCCCCAGCCAUAUCUAUUUGUAUAAAUGCUGGUGGCCUGGUGUAUACCACCUCACUCAACACGUAAACAUAUAUGGUAUGCAUCUCCGUCUAAUGUAAAAUGGUCACGUCAGGCCUCUCAAAUUCACAUAUGUAAAGAGCGUGAUCAUGAACUCGUAGAAGGGCGCCUCUUGUUCUUGUGUUGUGGGUUUGAUCUGUAUAGUGCUCAGCUGGAAGGUUAUAUCUUAAAUGGUUUGGCCCACGAACAUUGCCACUGAUCCUGAUAACUGGGUUCCCAAAGUUCCCUGUGAGUGGAGCGUUAGUGUGCAUGCCUGACCACCGUUCACUAUCCAGGAGACUACAUAGUACAUACUAUAUCUCCAGCAUAGAUGUAAACUAAGUGGUGGUCAUGCAUGAGCACUACCGCUCCAUUCACACAGGGCACGAGACACCUGUUGUCAUGAUUGGUGGGGGACCCAGGAAACCCAUGUUUAGUACCGUCCCUAUGAGUAGGUGAUAAAUGUUGUUCAUGGGCCAUUCCUUUUAAGUAUACCUAUGGCCUGCCAAUGGUUGGGGUGGGUAGACCCAUUAUUCACAUUCAGAUGCUGACUGUUGGUUCUCAAGAGAACCCAAAGAGGUUCUCCACCACAUUUUUAAUAUAGCAGAAUUUGGUCUGAUUAAGUCCUUCCAAUCCUUCCUGUCCUUGCUCUGCAUUCAGCCUUAAGACGUCGGUUACAUGGGUCGAUGGUCGGCUGUGUCCGACAACGAUGAACUCCGGCAGGCUGUUCCUCUGCCGGAGCAGCCUACCGGAUGGUUUUAACGCUAAUGUAAAACCUGCCUAAAAGGACCUUAAUCCGAGAAGCUGUUUACUUGGGAGUCGUUGUCUGAAAACUCCAUUAAAAAGACUGGAAAUGUUGCUGUAGAAAUUGGUCUUGGGCUGAUGACAGAUUUUGUGGAGGGGGGCAGGGGUUGAGGGUUACUUUGGAAAUAAUUCAAACCGCUCAUUUGUCCCUGUUGACGCUGACUUAUUAAUCAGAUUUUUCUAGAAAUUUAGGUGGGGAGCUGCUUUAAUUGAUAACUGUUCACCUUGGAAGCCAUAGAGAUUAUUAUUUUUAAUUUCUUUAUUUCUGGAGCUGAAUUUUUUUUUCUUCUGUGAUACAAGGAGCCAUUUCAUUUUGCACAUAUUGUUUUGAAGAAAUGUUAUUUAAAGUAUAUCUUGUUUAACAGGAAUCUAUGCAAUGUGUACAGGCGAGAGAAAUAUAUUUUCUUUUUCUAACUUAAGA